AUGUUCCGAGCCUAUGCUGAUGUUUCUGGUGGCGACAAGGAAGAAGGUGAAUGCGAGGACGAAGACCGUGAUCGGUAUUCAUCGUUUGACCAAGAGAAGAUCUUGGCAGCACGUGCUAAGAAGGAGAGUGACGCAAAGGCUCAACGACUCGCUGAAAGAAUCAAGAAUCAGAACGCGUUGAGAUAUAUCAACAGCGACUCGGAUGAAGACGAUGUCCAAAUUCAUGUAGAACUCCCCACGCCGUCAUAUUUCACUCAAAUUAGCGCUCCUCGAAUUGAUCUCCCAGUUGAGAAAAAGAAGAAGAAAUCAAAAUCCUCCAAGCGACGAAAACACAAGAACAAAAAGAAGAAGCGUAGAAGAAGAUCGUCGUCCUCAUCUACCUCUUCUACUGAAGAUAAUCGGAGCGACGCUUCUUCCAGUUCAUCUAGUGAUUCUGAUAACCGGAGCAAAGGGCGGAAAAGGUCCGAACCUCCCAAAGUUGUUAUCAAAAAGGAAAAAUGGAGUUUUCUUGCCUACAAGGAAGAACGGUCUGUGGAAGGUUCCUUCAUAGUUUUCGACCGUCAAUACGACCACGAAAAUUUCAAUAUGGACUCUAUACCAAAAGCUCACACUUUUGAGUAUCGUCAUCGAUGCUAUGUGAUAAUGAAUGGGAAUUCUCGGUUGAAUGAGCUCUUCUUUUCGAAGGAAUUACGUCAGUCUGCUGAGAAACGCAAACGAUCGGAGAGAUAUUUCGAUGGAGUUUUACGAAAGUUGGACGACUCCGUCGCAGAGCGAAGUUUCCGAAAGUUGCCGUCUUUAUGUGAAACCAAUUUAGAUUUUGUCGAAGUUUCGAAAACAAGACUACAAGAGUUCGAAUUUCUCCAUCAAAUAGCAGAGCGUAGAGCGAUGGAGAAAGAACGGGAAGCGCUAGAACUAGAAGUUGCACUUUCAACUCCUUCUCAUACCGUUCAUCUUGAAACACGAAGACGUCGUAUUGCAACUGAAUUCGCUAAUGACAAAAGAAAUCCUGACGUUCUUGACCAGUUCCUCAAGAUUAAUGAAGAAAUAUUUGAAGCAAAUCGUGUGAUUGGGUCGUCUCUUGACCGUCGGGCCCUGGCCGAGCGUCAGCUUUCCAUAAUUGACCAGGCUAUUGCUAGCAAUCAGCGGGCUGUUGAGUUCCGUGUGAAAAGACUUGAAUAUCUGAAGGAUCUACGCCCCAAGAGCGAGCUCUUAAGCGAAUGGGAGAAAAUUUUGAAUGUUUUUGUCAACAACUGCUCUGUGUGGGGAAAAUACUUGGAUUUUAUUCAGUAUGAUUCCGCUCUUUACAAGAAAGACAUCUUGGAUAGAGCGUUUGAUCGGUGUUUUGAUAAACUGACUAGUAUUCUUAACGGCACAUUCAGAUCACAUAAACCUGAACCGAACACGGAGAACUUCCUCUUACAUAUUUAUGUACGACGCCUCUUGUGGUGGAUGGAAUGUGGCUACACAAAUCGAGCCAUUGCUAGUAUUCAGGCUACCAUAGAAUACAACUUUCUUGUCCCGGAUUCUCUGGUUAAUGCUUCCGAAGAAAAGAGGAAGGAGGUUUUCGCCAAUUUUUGGAAUAGCGGAGUCCCUCGCUUCGGAGAUGAUGGCUCUUGCGGUGGUUGGCGGAACUUUGAUGAAACCUUGGAAAAUUUGGAGGUUGCUCAAAAUAAAGAGAAAGUCGCCCGUGCCUUGCAGGAGCAAACAACUCAGGAACUCGAACAGAGGAUAGCAUCAUCUGAUGAUAACCUAAUAACAAGUUGGGUAGAGAUGGAGCGUGAAUUGGAGAACAUCGAAAGCCGCCCAAGGAGACCUAUACCAGAUACAAAUGUCGCUAUGGACUCUGUUCACGCUAUGCGCGAGGUAGCAUUCAAGGAUAUUCGGGUUUUCAAAGGUUCUGGAGUGCACGUUCUACUUGCUCUUCUCCACACCUUAGGGGCUCAUUUUGUUGAGUCGUUUACACGGAAUUCCAUAGGAAUCAGUCAGUCGCUACCUCUUCUGCCGACCUUCCGACUUUUGGAGGAGUGGAAUUUGCUGCCUUACUCCAGAAAACUGUUCCCUGUCCCUUCUCCUGGUGCUCAAGAUAUGGUGCUAAACAUGCUCAAUGCCGUCAUCAGACUUCAACCAGAUCUCUCAUAUGUGAUUUCACUUCUGGAAACGAGAGCAUCGCAAAUCGAAAUUCUCUAUCGCGACCGCCCCAGCGGCAUUUGCGUCUCGCAGUUCCGCGACUUUGUUAAACAAAUCGCUAAAGAAUAUCAAAGCAUUGUGAAUGUGAAGGAUUUUGAUCUCAUCAUCGCUGCAUAUGCCCUCAAGAUUUUUGCACGAUGGGUUCAAGACGAAAAAAAGGGCAACCAACCGGCCUUCUCGAACGCUGCUAAUGAAGGAGAUCGGAGGAAGAAAAAGUCGAAAAAGGAGGACAAGGUGUUCACUCGUGCUCAGUAUGUGGAACAACUGAUGGCUUUCCUAUCAAGGUCCAACAACAUCCCACUUGUUCAACAGUCCGCUGAACGACUCCCUAUUCUGCUGAGAGUACUACUUUGUUUAGUCCAGGCUCUUCCCUCAGAUAGAAUCCUGGUUGAAAUCACGAGAUUCCUCUUGAGGAAACAGAGCGAUGACGUGGUCUCGCCUACGGAAGCCCUCUCCGCCCUUGAUGAAUGGAAAAACGUUUUUCGAACGGUGGAAAGAUUUACAAAAGCUGAGAAAAUGACAUGUUUCGAGUCUUCUCGGGCCCUUUGCAUCUCAUUACGAAUUCAUUUCGACUACGCAAGGGCAUCAAAGAAGUCAGAUCAGUGGGUAAAAGAAUGUGACACACUCUUUAAACACGUUGACCAAUGCAUAGCAGAUGAUGACAAGGCUGUUAUUAUCAAUGCUUACCUCGAUAUACUCGAGCACAAUUGGAAAACAUAUCAUACCCAGAAGGAGAAGUUGCUCGAAGUUCUGGAAUAUGGGCGAAGACUCUGCCCCUAUGACGGUUCUCUGAUUCGCAGACGUAUAGAUCUCUCAUCGGGGGUGAUGGAGAAGUUCAGAAUACAACAUAUACUUUCCAGUCAGCCUUCCAAAAAUGACCCGACGUUGAACAUGUACUGUUCGCUUGCUCGCCUUUAUUUGGAAAAGAAGAGAAUAGCCAAGCUAAUAGAAGCCGGUGCACUGCCACAGUCUGACGUUGUCGCAUCAAUUACGCGAACAGAAGCAUCUCAACGGAGGGAUCCAGCUUUAUGGCGUUUAGCUAUGGCACAAUCAAGAAGCUCUCGUUUUCUAAGCGAGACGCAUGUGUUGGCAUCUGCACAGUGUGGCUGGUCGAGGCAUCUUCAUAUUGACUGCGUUGCACUGACAGAUAGCUCCAAGAAAUGCAAAGAGAUCAUAAGUCUUAUGGAAGAACGUGAAGUGCAGGUGUUCAAUGAUCUAGACUACUUAGAAGUGUUGAAGUCCAACGAUUAG